ACUUCAGUAUUAGCUCAACCUGUAACUCCAGCAUGCUAACGCUACUCCGCCAGGCACCGUGUGCUGGGAUUUUCAAUACCUAUUUUCCAGCAUCGGAAUUAAACGUGUAACAAAAAUCGGCUUUGAGUGUUUAAAACUGUUAAUGCAAUGGCUAUAGCCUAUAGAUAUGUUCGUUUUAGCUUACUUAACUAUGAUCUGAAGACUAACACGGUAACAUUAAUUGAAAAUAGUAAAUUAACUCACAAAGUGACAUUUUUAACGGAGGAGCAGUGAAUUGUCUUUUAUUUAGUAAAAUAUGUGUUUAUUGUCACAUUAUCCACAGUUAGCUAGUUAGCUAGCGUUAGCUGGUAAAGUAAGGUUAGCGUUGUGCAUGUUGUUGUGAAAUAUGUUUGGUAAACAUCUACCAGCAAACCAGAAAUGAUUACAGUUAGUUUUAAGCUAAUUAAACGUAUUUCUUUAUUUGUAUGUUAAUUAGAAUAUGUUGAUAGGUCGAUUUGUCUAAUUAAUACUGAAGUAUGGGGUAAUGCAUCCAGGUCAACGUGAACGCGCAUCAUACAACUAAUCACGCAUCGAGGUUUCUUUGCGGGUGCGCUCUGACAGCAACGUGCACGAGGAGUGCUGAUGACAUCCGAGCGGGCCGAUGUAAAUCACUGCAAUGGCAGAAGGGGAGGGUGGAGGACACCGGCUACAGCCCUGCCUCCUCUCUGCAUGUGAACACACACCAGAGUAGACACACGGCAGGCAGGCAGGAAGACAGAGCACCAUCACAGGGGCAACAAAGGGACGCAUGGUUCAUCCAAGGCAUCAAAUGAAUAAAUGAUUCCUUGAGACACAUUCUGCUUCCAGAAAAACGUUUUACUGCAUCUGUCCUCACCUCAAAGGGUGUAAUAGCACUGCACAGUGAUGGAGCUGGAGCACUUCGAUGAACGGGACAAGGCUGAGAGAUAUACCCGCAGGGGCUCAAGAGGGAAUGGGCUCCCCAGUCCCACUCAUAGCGCUCACUGCAGCCUGUACAGAACCAGGACACUGCAAGCACUGACCUCGGAAAAGAAGGCCAAGAAGGUUCGUUUCUACCGCAAUGGGGACCGCUACUUCAAAGGGAUUGUGUAUGCCAUUUCUCAGGAGAGAUUUAGGUCUAUAGAAGCACUCCUGGCUGACCUCACAAGAGCUCUGUCAGAUAAUGUCAACUUGCCACAAGGGGUGCGAACCAUAUAUACCAUUGAUGGGACAACAAAGAUCACCGCCAUGGAUCAGCUGGUGGAAGGGGAGAGCUAUGUUUGUGCAUCCAUAGAGCCCUACAAGAUGCUGGACUACACAAAGAAUGUAAAUCCCAACUGGGCAGUUGGUGCUAGGACUCCUGUGUCCAUCCGAGACCCCUCUUCCCUUGGUAGCGCCAAUGCUGGAUACCCAGAAACCAGGGAGAGCAAGGACUUUAUUAAGCCCAAACUGGUAACCAUUGUCCGCAGUGGAGUAAAGCCUCGCAAGGCUGUACGGAUCUUGCUCAACAAGAAGACUGCACACUCCUUUGAGCAAGUCAUGACUGACAUCACAGAUGCCAUCCAGCUGGACUCUGGAGUCGUCAAAAAGAUAUAUACUGUUGACGGCAAAAUGGUUUCCUGCCUUCAGGACUUCUUUGGGGACGAUGAUAUAUUCUUUGCCAGUGGCCCUGAGAAGUUCCGUUAUCAGGACGACUUUAACUUGGAUGAAACUGAGUGCAGGGUCACAAAGUCUGCAUCAUAUGGCCGGCUCCCAUCGGUGAUGGGGCUCUCUCUCUCUGGUGGGAUGUCCCGCAGGAGGAGCAAGUCUCCAUCAUCCACUGGUUCAGCUAAUGGCACUGCAGGAAGUCAGCUGUCCACACCUCGAUCUGGGAAGUCUCCGAGCCCCUCUCCAACCAGUCCAGCUAGCCUCCGAAGACGACGGGGAUCUCAGCACAGUGGCUCUUCACUCUCUUUAGCUUCUACCAAGGUUUGCAGCUCAAUGGAUGAAGGAGAUGGGCCCGGCAGUGAAGCUGAGCCAGUGGAUGAGUACCCCUCAGUCCCUGCGUCCAUAACAGAGAGGUACAAAGUGGGGAGGACUUUAGGGGACGGAAACUUUGCUGUUGUCCGAGAGUGUGUGGAGAGAUCCACUGGACGAGAGUACGCUCUGAAGAUCAUCAGCAAAGAUAAAUGCAGGGGAAAGGAGCACAUGAUCCAGAGUGAAGUGUCAAUCCUUCGGCGUGUGAAACAUCCCAACAUCGUACUUCUAAUUGAGGAAAUGGACACCUAUAGUGAGCUCUAUCUUGUAAUGGAGUUGGUUAAGGGGGGCGAUCUCUUUGAUGCAAUCACCUCCUCAAACAAAUACACAGAGCGAGACGCCAGCUGUAUGCUUUUCAACCUGGCAAGUGGCAUCAAGUACCUGCACAGCCUCAAAAUUGUCCACAGAGACAUAAAACCAGAAAACCUGUUGGUGUUUGAACACCAAGAUGGUAGCAAGUCUCUGAAGCUAGGUGAUUUCGGCUUGGCUACCGUCGUCAACGGGCCCCUUUAUACUGUGUGUGGCACGCCUACCUAUGUAGCACCAGAGAUUGUCUCUGAGACUGGGUAUGGCCUCAAGGUUGACAUUUGGGCAGCUGGUGUCAUCACUUACAUACUCUUGUGUGGCUUUCCUCCUUUCCGUUGCAGUGGAGACGAUCAGGAGGCUCUCCUGGAACAGCUUUUGAGGGGCAAGCUUGAUUUCCCUGCACCAUACUGGGACAAUGUGUCUGACACGGCCAAGGCUCUGAUCACUGGAAUGCUGCAGGUCGAGGUGGAUGAGAGAUACACAGCUGUACAGGUGCUCGAGCACCUCUGGGUCAAUGAUGAUGGUGUGUCAGAGAACGAGCACCAGCUGCCUGUGGCUGGGAAGAUCAAGAAGCACUUCAACACUGGGCCUAAGCUCAACAGCACCACAGCAGGAGUGUCAGUCAUUACAACAACGCCACUUGAUAAGGAGAAGCAAGUUUUCCGACGAAGACGCCACCAGGAUGUGAAGCUUGCGCCCCACCUCCCACACAGUAUGGGAGCUGGAGCCUCCCGUAGUGCCAACCCCAGCCUCUUCGUCGCCGAGUUCACGACUGAGUCUGAGGACUAUUCCCAAAGUCCGGCUGACACUAUCCGUACACCCACCUCUCCGUUUAAAUAGUGUCCCCGAGGCCACAGCAUCGUCCACCCCUCAAUGGAAAAGUGGGAGAGGGUGGAGUGCUAAACGGAAAGACCCAACAUUGGGUUCAGUCUGCUAACUUGGACAUUCAGCAUACUUACCUGUACCAAUUAAAUGUUUUCUCCCAGUCAUAAUACUUUUAUUUUAAUUAUAGAAUGCAUUGAUCAGAGUAAGGGUUACAAUAUAGUCUCUGGAUCAGAAUACGCCUUAAUUAAGAGCAUGCAAAAGUUUUUAAUAUACCCCCUUCCCCCUUUUUCUUCUUUGAAAAGUCAGCAAACUGUUAAAAGCCUUAUUUCAACACAGCAAGUACUGGUUCAUUGUAGUGCUCUAGAGCCCUCUACUGGUUUAUAUUCUAUACUGCAGACAAAGAUAACCUGCUUCAUGGAGCACUGAGGUUUUAAAUGGGGAAUGUAAAUGCAAAACAUUGAAACCUUAACUUCUACAUAUUGAAUCACAUGAUAUUUCAUUUAUUCUGCUUUAAACACAGAUGCUAGUUUUAAAAAUAACUCUAAAUACAACAUUGACUGGA